UGGAUUAGCACACAGGCACUGACAUGAACACGCGCUAAACAUUCUGCCUGGGGUCCUUCCAAGCACACCCUUCCAAGAUGGCAGCCAACAGUAGCAGCACGGCUGGCAAAUCCAGCACCAGCGCCGGUGGCAAACAGUCCGGCCCGUCAGCCGAACAGGUGGUGGCGACAUUUCAGAGGAUGCGCCAGGAACAGCGCAGUAUGGCUUCUAAAUCGGCAGAGUUGGAGAUGGAGAUCAACGAGCACAGCUUAGUAAUUGACACCCUGAGGGAAGUGGAUCCUUCGAGGAAAUGCUUUCGUCUAGUAGGGGGAGUGUUGGUAGAGAGGACGGUAAAAGAAGUUCUACCAGCCUUGGAAACCAACAAAGAACAGAUCUCCAAAAUAAUCGAGUCCAUCAACACACAGAUGCAGACUAAAGGACGGGAGCUCACAGAGUACAGGGAACGCUACAACAUCCGCUUGGUGGGAGAGGGUGAAGGAGAGGCACAAGGCCAGUCGGCAGCGUCUUCUAGGGACAGUGAAGGAGGCGGUUCUAAAAGCGGAGCUGGCGUUUUAGUGUCGUAGUUUGUCAUUAUAGAGGGCAAACUUAGGGCCUUAUGAUUUCUGCAGUACUGAAAAUAGAGUUGGAGUCACAAAAUAUAGGUUUCACAUUUGAACUUUUCACAGGAUGAAUUUGGUUUUGGAAAUUGAGGAAAUAGUUCUGCUGAAUGUAUUGGUUUGUUAUUGAACUAUACAUUCUGUUCUGCUUACACAUGUGAAUGCUAGUGUAUGUGUAAAGCUUUUGUCUUACAUCUGCCUUUCAGUGAAGCUGACUUUUUUAUGUGGCAUAAAUUAAACAUUUCAAUUCGGAGCACUUGUUUUAGUCUUAAUCUCAUUUACACAUGAGCAAGUAAAUAUUUUACUGCCUCAGAUUACAGAAACUAUCAAACAUAAUUGGCACGGUGCUGGUUUAAAAUUUUCAAGUAACAAAAAUUGAUUUAAAAUGCUUAGAACAUGCAAGACUUAGGAGUGCACCAUUAAAAAUAAAAAUAGAUUACAAUGGAUUUUUAAGUAAACACACUUUUGCCUUUGGAAAUUUAGAAAUUAGAAAGCUGAUUUCAUAGGGCCCUAAAAUAGGUUGAAAUUUGCAUAAGUCACCCUUGUCAAGGCAGUACAGGCCCUGGAAGGCACUUCGAUAACAUGUCAUGAGCAUGAACAAGAUAUUAUACAGUUAACAUGUCACUAUAGAUCAAAAUGAAUGUGUCAGCUUUAUUUACCCUUUUUUCUAUGAAACGUGAUCACAACUCAUUGUCUCCAUAAACCAUGCACAGAACGGCUGCUGAUUUAUAUUCAUAAUUUGAGGUCAGUUAUUAAAGCUCACUUUAUGAUGUGACCAGUGCGUAACAAGAAGUCAGUGCUACCAAAACCUUAAUAAAGCCCUGUCAUUGAAAACAAAAGUUGUCAUAUUCUUUCUGAUCUGUUGCACAUGUUUGAGCUUUGUUAACACAGUCUAGGACCUGAUGUGGGCCGUCUGCACUUUUAUGUGUAGUUGUAAAGACAAAAAUGUUUUUGGUUAUGGUCAUGAAUUAAAGAAUGUCACAAUUGUGCUUUUUUUGUAUAGUGUUUUAAAUCCUUGUUACUGUAUUCCACAAAGCCCUUUCUGACAUCACCGCUGUAUGUUCUUUUUCAGGAAGUUAAACCUAUUCGAGCUGUAUCCCAUGCAUGUCUGUGGUAGAUUUCAUGUUAAGAAUGCAAAAAUGUAAUUAGACCUGUGGAUUGCAAAUAAUGCAGUCAAAUUAAAUUGGGGUUGAGUGAU